AUGGGUCGAACACCCUGCUGUGAAAAACAACACAUUUUUAAAGGAACAUGGUCUAAGGAGGAAGAUGAGCUCCUCACUAGUUAUGUCAACUCUCAUGGAGAAGGCAACUGGAGAUGUGUUCCUAAGGCAGCUGGUUUGCUUCGGUGUGGCAAAAGUUGCCGACUCAGAUGGAUGAAUUACCUAAGACCCAACCUCAAGAGGGGGUACUUUACUCAAGCAGAAACUGAUGUCAUCAUUCAGCAGCAUACCUUACUAGGAAACAAAUGGUCAGAGAUGGCGAAAAUUUUACCUGGAAGAACAGAUAACGAGAUUAAAAACUACUGGAACACCCACCUCAAACGCCAUCUCUAUGCCAAUGGAAUCGACCCUGUAACCCAUAAACCACUCAAAAAGUACACCACCGACACCACAGAUCUACCUGCUAACUGUCAAGUGUCUGAGGUUGCCACCGCAAGCGAGAAUGGAGCUAACAACAGCAACAACACUAGUUCCAGCUUCACCAUAGAUUGCAGCAACAAAAUCCACUAUUUUAAUGUUUUUCUCAAUUCAAAGGUGCAGAUUAGCAGUGACGAUUGCUCAGCUGGAUAUAAAGGUGGUUGCUCAAACAACAGUAGUGAUGUUACCGUACAGGAAGCUCAUCCUCCACUCAACUUGGACCUUUCCUUAUCUCCUCCACCAAGUAAACCCCAAGAUUUUUGCAUGAACCUCGAAGGGACGCAACCACAAGGGCAAGUUUUGUCCUUGGGGAAUGUGAAUGUUAGCGGUGCUAAGCGAAGCGUGUGCCUGUGGUGCAAUCUAGGGUUGCAAAGUAACAAUGCUUGUAGCUGCAAAGGCAAGGGUUGUUGUGCUGCUUCUGCAGUUACUCCACCUGCUGGAAUUCGUUUCUGUACUACCAAUAAGAGGAAAAGUGUCAUUGACACAGCACUUGUGAAAAUGAGAAGACUAAGAACACAGUUCGAACUUGAAAGAAAAAUGUUGAGAUUAGUCACACGUUUGAGCCUCUGGUUGGACGGCACACAUGAUUCCUUUUGCGAGCAUGCUCUUCACUACGGUGCUGUGUCCGACAUGCAUAUCCAUACCAACAAUCUUCUCUUGCUGAUGCGUCCAGUGGAAGAUGCUUUUGGUACUUACAUAUUUGGGUAUAGAGACGCGAAACCAGUACAGGAGAAAGGACACCAACUUGUGAUGACAAUCACUGCAUGA